AUAACCUUUAUUUACCACACACUUGUGGCUAGAGAACUAAAACAAAGAGGGUGGGUUGGAGAUGAUCAAAUGGAGGUCGAAGAAGCUCUUCGAGAAGAGUUCUAAGGCCGACGGAAGAGCCAACCGUCGUCGUGAGAUUCAGUGGGAGUUGCGGCCUGGCGGUAUGUUGGUUCAAAAGAGGGAAACCGACGAAGGCGAUGAAAACAAAAUGAUGAUCAACGUGAGGAUCCCCACCGGCUCGCAGUGGCACGAUAUCAUCAUCGAUGCCACCGCAACGUUUGGCGAGCUUAAGGUGAAGGCGGCAAUGGAGACGGGAUUGGAGGCGAGGGAGCAGAAGCUUGUGUUUGAGGGGAAGGAGAAGGAGGAUGGAGAGAAGCUGCAUAUGGUUGGGGUGAAACCUUAGUGGCAUUGGAGUUGCAGAGAAGGCAAUGGAGAUUAAGGCCUCUUUAGUUUAAAUUAUAUUUUGAUAAUUAUGCUUAUGCUGUGCUUUUUUGUAGCAGUUUUUAUAUGAAAUGAAGGGCAGAAAGCUUAAAAAAAAAAUUGUAAAUGUUUAAUCAGUGUUAUGUGGUGUUUA